GUUCGCUAUUCAGCCAUUCGGUCUCCUGUUCCACGAGUCGGGCUCACUAGCAGCGCGAUCUGCACCCCGCAUUCAACAAUGACAAUUACCCGGAAGCCGGAGGGGACACAUACGCGAUGCAAGUCCAGCCCGUCUUGAGACUGUACAUAUUCUGCCAUACAUGCCGCCCAUGACUACGCUACACGCGAUGCGCAUAUCCUUGGUUCGCUAUUCAGCCAUUGGGUCUCCUGUUCCACGAGUCGGGCUCACUAGCAGCGCGAUCUGCACCCCGCAUUCAACAAGGCCGAUUACCCGGAAGUCGGCGGGAACACAUACGCGACGCGAGCCCAGCCCAACUGUCUCAUUCAGUCGAGCACGGCUCAUCUACCGCCUUCGGUGGAGCAGCCUCACGCUUCUCAAUAUUGGCGAUUCUCGAUAACUGAAAGAAGGCUUCAGUCGAGUCUGGACAAUUGAAAGCUGCCGAGCGCACGUACGCGC